UCAACUGUCGAACAUAGUUGCUAAAAUGUCGCGAAGUCCUGCAGAAAAUCAGCUGAACAUUUACAGAGAUGGUCAGAAGGAAACCCCUGUGAUAACUACGAGCAAUGGGAAUCCGAAGGGCACUCAAACGGCCUCGGCCACGGUUGGAGAGCGAGGUCCUAUGGUGCUGCAAGAUGUGCACUAUUUGAACGAUAUGUCCCACUUUGAUCGCGAACGGAUUCCGGAACGUGCAGUCCACGCCAAGGGUGGUGGUGCGUUCGGGUACUUUGAGGUUACCCACGAUAUCACUCAGUACUGUGCCGCCAGGGUCUUCGAGAAAGUCGGCAAACGAACACCGGUAGCCGCGCGAUUUUCUACCGUUGGAGGAGAAAACGGAUCGGCUGAUACGGUGCGUGAUCCGCGAGGCUUCGCAAUCAAAUUCUACUCCGAAGAUGGCAUAUGGAACCUGGUCGGAAACAAUACCCCUAUAUUCUUCAUCCGAGACCCAAUCCUUUUCCCCAGCUUCAUCCAUACUCAAAAACGUAAUCCCCAAACCCAUCUCAAGGAUCCGGAUAUGUUUUGGGACUUCAUAAGCCUGCGUCCCGAAACUACCCACCAAGUUAUGAUCCUCUUCUCGGACCGUGGUAUCCCGGACGGAUUCCGACACAUGCACGGCUACGGGUCCCAUACCUUCAAAAUGGUCAACGCUGCCGGAAACCCCAUCUACUGCAAGUUCCACUGGCGAACUAACCAAGGCAUCCGGAACUUGGACGUUGAUCGAGCGGGUCGCAUAGUAUCCACCGAUCCAGACUACAGCAUCCGGGACCUCUACAACGCAAUAGCCAAGGGACAAUUCCCUAGCUGGAACCUCUACAUCCAGGUUAUGACCUUCGAGGAAGCCGAAAAGGUCGCCUUCAACCCCUUCGAUGUGACCAAAGUAUGGCCCCAUGCCGACUACCCCUUGAUCCAGGUAGGACGCAUGACUCUGGACCGUAACCCGGCAAACUACUUCGCCGAAAUCGAGCAACUUGCUAUGGACCCCUCGAUGAUGGUCCCUGGAAUCGAACCUUCCCCGGACAAAAUGCUUCAAGGUCGUCUCUUCUCCUACUUCGACACCCAACUCCACCGCCUUGGACCUAACUACAUGCAGAUUCCCGUCAACUGUCCUUACCGAGCCAGAGUCAAAAACUACCAGAGGGACGGCCAAAUGACCGUAACCGAUAACCAAAACGGAGCCCCCAACUAUUACCCCAACUCAUUCAACGGUCCACAGCCUUGCACCUACGUUCAUCGUUUGCAGAACUCGUACUUCAAGGCAACAGGUAACGUCUACAGAUACGAAACCGGAGACGAAGAUAACUUCUCCCAGGCGGCCGUUCUCUAUCGGCGGGUCCUAAACGAUGCAGAAAAGCAACGCCUGGCGGAUAACAUCGUGAAUCAUGUGGUCAAUGCGUCCCCGUUCAUUCAGGAUCGGGUCGUGGCCAACUUUACCCAGGUGGAUGCCGAUUUCGGGCGCCGUUUGACCGAGGGAUUGAAGGCGCGCCAUAUGCGCACCUUGUGAGGAGUUAUCGGUGAUCGGAAGGAGUGUGGUCAGUGAAUUUUAAUCUUUGUGAGGUUGUGGGUUAAUUCUGAGAGAAGGAAAAUCAAAUGAGUGAUCAAAUAAAAUGUGUAUGAUGAAUUCACCUUUUAACAAUAGACAUGUCCUCUAUUGUAGUAAAAAAAGCACAAAAGGGUCAAUUUAUAAUCGUAAUAGGACAAGCAAAUUACUUACAGAUGACUCCCUGAGAAACAGUGUAUUAUUCAAAAUAAUAUUGAG